ACUCAAUGUCCCGGAGGAGGAGGAGUCGGUGGCACCAACCCCCUUCUCAUGCAACGGGGUAGGGCUAUUCCAAGGAUCCCGGAACGUACGGACGGUUGCACUGUGGUAGUGGGGAACAGGAAGUUCCGGACAGGCGCUCAACAUUCUUCAGAAUAAAGAAAGCGUGCAGUCUAGAAGAUAAUCAUUGUGUCCGUCUCUAUUUAUUACUACAGAAUGAAGAACGUGAUAACUACUUGACAAGUUCCAUAACUAGAGACUUGGUUUGUCUGAGUGGAUGUACAUACUUUUCUCAAAGUAAUUCUGCGUAAACGGGCUUCAGGCAGUGCGGGUGCAGCAGAGAGAGCCAAUUUGAUGGUUGCAGUACUGUUUUGAAGCUGAAAUAUUGGCCGACGUGAAUAAAGUCUGAGGCCGGUAACAUCAAGUGAGGACAAACCCAGCCUGAUCUCUCCUUCCACACUGAGUCCAAACCUACAGUCACUGGGUCCUGAUUGUGACAGUGGAGCCCAGUUUGCACUGCAGGAUCCAGAGAUGGCAUCAGUGAAGCUGGAUGACUGCAGUCAAACACUGGAGCUGAACGUCAACAUUAAAGAUGAAGAAGAGGAGGAGAAGAUUGGGACAUCUGUUUCUCAUGUGAGGACAAACCCAGCCUGCCUCUCUCCUUCCACACGGAGUCCAAACCUACAGUCACUGGGUCCUGAUUGUGACAGUGGAGCCCAGUUUGCACUGCAGGAUCCAGAGAUGGCAGCAGUGAAGCUGGAAGACUGCAGUCAAACACUGGAGCUGAACGUCAACAUUAAAGAUGAAGAAGAAGAGGAGGAGAUUGGGACAUCUGUUUAUGAUGGAGACCAUGUUGAGACAUUCUCUACAUCCAGAGAGCAGCUGGAAGAUCGCAGAGCUAAGAUGUCUCACCACUGCCCACAUUGUGAGGAGAUUGUGCCAUUUCUAUCAAAGCUAAAAAUACACCUAAAAAUACACACAGGAAAGAAUCUGUAUUCCUGCACUGACUGUGGGAAGAGCUUCACAACAUCAACUAAGCUAAAAGUUCAUCAGAGAACACACACGAGAGAGAAGCCUUAUUCCUGCUCUGACUGUGGGAAGAGUUUCUCCCGAUUGGAUAAUUUAAACACACAUGAACGUAUACAUACAGGAGAGAAGCCUUAUGUCUGCUCUGACUGUGGAAAAUGCUUUAAAACAACAGCUGAGCUAAAAGUUCAUCAGAGAACACACACAGGAGAGAAGCCUUACUUAUGCUCUGACUGUGGGAAGAGUUUCUCUCGUCUGGGCAACUUGAAACUACAUAAACGUGUACAUACAGGAGAGAAGCCUUACACCUGCUCUAAUUGUAUAAAAUGCUUCACAACAUCAACUGAUCUAAAAGUUCAUCAGAGAACACACACAGGAGAGAAGCCGUACUUAUGCUAUGACUGUGGGGCGAGUUUCUCUCGACUGGACCACAUAAAACUACAUGAACGUGUACAUACAGGAGAGAAGCCUUACAUCUGCUCUGACUGUGGAACAUGUUUUAAAACAACAGCUGAGCUAAAAGGUCACCAGAGAACACACACAGGAGAGAAACCUUACUCCUGCUCUGACUGUGGGAAGAGUUUCUCUCAACUGGGCCAGUUAAAAAUACAUGAACGUAAACAUACAGGACAGAAGCCUUACUCCUGCUUUUAUUGUGUAAAAUGCUUCACAACAUCAACUGAGCUAAAAGUUCAUCAGAGAACACACACAGGAGAGAAGCCUUACUCCUGCUCUGACUGUAGGAAGAGUUUCUCUCAACCGAGCCACUUAAAAAGACACCAAGGUAUACAUAAAGGAGAGAAGCCUUCCUACUGCUCUGACGACGGAAAAUAUUUGAAAUCAUCAGCGGAGCGAAAAGGUCAUCAGAGAUCACACACAAGAGAGAAACCUUACUUCUGCUCUUACUGUGGCAAGAGUUUCUCCCGAUUGGGAAAUGUGAAAAUACACCAACGGAUACACACUGGAGAGAAGCCUUAUCACUGCACUGACUGUGAGAAGAGAUUCUCUCAACAGAGCAAUUUAAAAAGACACCAAAGUAUACAUAAAGGAGAGAAACCUCAUCAGUUCUCUCAGACCAGCGAAGAUUAGACACUCCACUUAAUUAUCAUCUAAUAAAAUAAUUGGCAAUGUUGAAUUGGAUCAAAUGAAGAAAGCGUAGAGCACUUAAUCCUAUUUUUUCACUGUGAGAGAACAAUGCAGAGGAAAGGGAGUGUUAUAGAAUGUUAGCCUCUCUUUACUGAUCAGUGUGCACCUUGUCAGUUUUGGUGUGUUUUGUUAGCUUCUACUGUAAAGAUAUUGAGAUGAUCUUGGAUUUGCCCUUAGGGUUGAAUAUCCUCUGUGAGACGUCUCACAAUGGAGUCUGAUGGUUGACUGGAUGGUACUGCUUCCCUCUGCAGUUUUCUGUGAGAAUGAGCUGGUAGACAACAUGCACUGAGUGUACAAAACAUUAAGGACACCUGCUUUUUCCAUGACAGACUGACCAGGUGAACCCAGGUGAAAGCUAUCAUCCUUAAUGCUGUUUAUUUAUUAUGGAUCCCCAUUAGCUUUCAGCAGAAAACAAGAAACUGCAGUUGGAGUGGGCUAAGAAUUGAAAAGACUGGACACUGGAGGAUAUGAAAAUCUUUGCCUGGUCUGAUGAAUCCCUGUUCCUGCUGUUUCAUGCUGAUGGUAGGACUAGGGUAUGGAAAAAAACAUAAUUACAUGCAUUCAUGCUGUGUGUCAGCAUUGCAGGCUGGUGGUGGUUGUGUGAUGGUUUGUUUUCAUGGCACACAUUGGGCCUGUCAUGCCAAAUAAUGUCCCCCUCUACGUCACAAUGGGAUUCGAUAAUCUUAGCGUUUUUUUGCCUCCACUCACUUGGUGUCAUUAUCGUUUGUCAUCAGACACCAGCGGUUGCCAUUCCUGGAUUUCGUGAAGGGUCCGAUGAGGUCCACCCCGAACAUUUAAAAUGUUAGGUAACUUCUUUCUUACCCGUAUCUGUGUCAUACAGUAUGCAGUUUUCAUAUUUGUACGGAUACUGACACUAACAUUUGAUCAUAUUGAAGUCUGCUGUGGUCAAAUAAAGCAACCAUUUAAAAAAAAACUUAUCAAUGCAAAAUUUGAAUCGUGACACACUUACUGAUCAUGUGCCAAUGAUGAAAUAACUUUGAUGGGUUUCAACUCCUGCGCCAUAGUCUUCACCCUCUCAAACUUCUGGCAGGCUAGACAGGUACUGACCUAUAAGCACAAAAUUACAAAUUGAAACACUGUGCGCUCUAUGACAUUCAUCGAAAUCAUAAUAAUUUCAGAUAUAAAAGCAUGUGAUUUUUAACAAAAGGUUAUUUCACUUGCCCAGCUGUCCACAUCCUUGACAAUCCCACGCCAGAAGAAGCGUAGGUUGGUUUUGGCAAUCAUGCGCUUCACUCCAAAAUGUCCAGCAUGCAUCUCUGUCAGCAUGGCCUCCUUCUCCUCCUUAGUUAAAAUCACCCUCCUCUGUGGCUGGCUAUCCUUCCCCCGUAGAUACAUGUGUGUCAUGACUUUUGCUCCUGGGUGAGGAUCAGAGAGAGUCCCCCCUCCCCUCCCACCAGAGAGGAAGGGGUGGACGUUGGCUAGUUUUAUGACGGUCGUAAAUACCUUGCAGGAACUCUCUCUCGUACACUGCAGUAUGGAGAAGUCAAAAAUCCUUUGUGUAGAGAGAGACUGCCCCAAAACUUUAACAUCAAAAUGUUGGACAUUGAAACAAUAUUUAUAAUGUAAAUAAUGUGGGAAAUGGUCGGGAGGGACUUAAAGAACAAUCAUGUUAAAUCAAUUGUUGUUUUGUGAUAUCAUUGAAGACGUUAGAACGGAAACAUUGUAACUUUAAGAGCUUUCACAAUGUAUAUGUCAGAGUUACAUCUAAAUGUUGUAAAACAUAUGAUUAAAUUAAACUAUUUGUGAAAAGAUUAAAUGUGAUUUUAGCCUUCUAAAUGAGAUCAUGUUUUUUCAUAUAGACUUUUGCCAAGUCAGUAACCACGCCUACGUGAGCACAGACAUUGUGGCAACGUGAUGGAACCGCCCUCCAAGUUGAGUGCUUAAAAAGAUUUGCUUUAGAAUUAACAUGUUAGACCAGUACAUUGACAGGUUGCUACUGAUGUGUAAAAUGGUUUAAAACGACCAGAUCAGACAGUGUGGAGCUGUGACUACACGGCUGACAAAUGGUUUAAAACUACAUCAGACCAAGUAGGUGGACGGUAAGCCGGACGUCACGAAUGGUUAGACUCUACCAGAUCAGAAUACGUACAGCGCGAGCUGAAUAUGUUACAAAUGGUAAGACCUUCAAACUCUCGAGUUAAAAAGAAAGACUGCAUCGGAACAUUCAGUCUGCAGCUGUUUAAAGACUUUAGUCAAGUAAAUUCGACCGAGAACCAACUUGUGUACCUUUUUGAAGGAUCCAGUCUAACGAAGACGAGAGGGGAAGAACAUUUCCCUCUCACCACUGUGUGGUACUUGGAUGUAUCCAUUCUAACAAACACUUUCAGAACAAAGAAGCCUACUUCAACUACUAAGGACAUGGUGACCUCAGAGACUUUCUGUCUAACUAUUUGUCACAGACGGAUCGGGUGAUUUCAACAGAGAGUGACGACAAAGACAUACAAACGGAAAUGACCGUAUUAUUCAACUGUAUGUACGAUAGCUGAAUUCCUUU